AUGGACCAAAUGUUCGAGGAUGGACCGUGGAUGAUACGAAAUGUUCCAAUAAUUUUGAAACAGUGGUCUGCCUCUACUAAGUUGGAAAAAGAGGAACUUAAAUCUAUUCCAGUGUGGGUCAAGAUGCAUGAUGUGCCUUUAGCGGCAUUUACUGAGGAUGGGCUUAGUCUACUUGCAUCGAAGAUUGGGGUGCCUAAAAUGUUGGACUCGUAUACUGCCACAAUGUGUACUGAAUCGUGGGGAAGAAGUAGCUAUGCUAGGGCACUCAUUGAGGUACAGUCAGGGGCUGAUUUAAAGAAGAGUGUUAAUGUUGCAAUCCCAUCGUUGGAGGGUGAUGGCCAUUCAGUGGCGGAGGUUAAGAUUGAGUAUGAUUGGGAGCCUCUAAGGUGCUCAUCUUGCUGUGUUUUCGGGCAUGAAGACAGCUCGUGUCCUAAGAUUCCUCAGGUAAGUUCGUUUGGGGAUACUGAGAAGAGGAAUAAUGAUGAAUUUCAGGUCGUGGGUGCCAAAAAGAAGAAAGCUACUACUCCAGGGCUUCAUAUAAAAAAUCAAAAACCUAAGGUAGUCUAUCGUCCAGUUGUCAAGCCUAAACUGAAUUCGACAGUGAAAAAUUCGAAUCAGGUUGCAACGUCGAACCCUUUUGAUAGUCUUAAAGAUGAUGAUGGUAAUCAAGAAGGUACCACGGUGGGUAGAGUGGAGAAGAAACUGUCAAGGGACAGGGAGGAGUCGGAUGAAGAAGUGGUUGAGGAAGUCUACAAUGAAACUAGUAAAUUUAUGACAUCGGGUUUUCAUCAUUCCUCUUCAUCUUCGAAAGCAGGGGCAAGCACCUCUUCUUCCAAGUUCUCGAAUGGAUAG